UGCCUUAGAUAUAGGACAAGGUAGGAGAAAGGGAGGGAAGAAUGGAAGUGGAGAAGAGUCUCCAUGAAGCCGCCAUCUUGGGGGACGUACACUUACUGGAAUUAGUCCUUCAGAGAGACCCCCUCAUUCUCGAUAGGAUUUCGGUGGGUUCAUUGGUUCACACUCCUCUCCACGUGGCUGCAUUCAGGGGACACUUGGAAUUUGUCCGGACGUUGCUGUCCAAAAAUCCAGACCUCGCCGGCGUGUUGGAUCUGCGGCGGUGGUCGGCGCUUCACCUAGCGGCGGCUAAGGGACACCGCUCUGUCGUCAAAGAAUUAGUACAAGCCAAUCCUGAUAUGUGCACUGCUCUGGAUGCAGAUGGCAGGAACCCGCUUCAUCUUGCUACCAUCAAGGGGGAUAUCGACGUCCUGAUUGAAUUUUUCGAAGCCCAGCCUCAUAGGAUUCCUGAACUGCUCAGUACUAGAGAUGUCAACGAUGACACUGUAUUACAUUUGGCUGUCAAGAAUUUACAAUUUGAGACGCUGAAACGUUUUCUCAACAGAAAAAAAGCAAAGGAAGCGAAACCAACAAACAAUGAAUGGGGCCUAAACACAAUAAACAAGUGUGGGUUCACGCCACUGGACAUUCUAGAGCAGACUGACGGGAAUGAACGGGCCCUAAACACAAUAAACAAGUGUGGGUUCACGCCACUGGACAUUCUAGAGCAGACUGACGGGAAUGAACGUGAAAUUUACACCUUAAGAGCAGCUGGAUGCUUGAAAGCCAAAGAAAUCAAUCAGGCGGAGUGGCUGUCAAAGCAACGCAAAAGCCUAAUGGUGGUGGCAUCGGUCAUCGCGACCAUGACUUUCCAAGCCGCGCUCACCCCUCCUAGUGGAGAUAAUAAGAUUGCUUCUAACUGGCCAAUUUUUGACUCUGGGUUCCUCUGUGUCAACUCGUUCGGAUUCUUUGGAUCUAUAAUGACAAUCUUUUUUCUGGUGACUGGGGAACAGUACUUGAAGGCUAUCCUCCAUACAUGGAUUUUGGUGCUGGCUAUGUUUGAGACAGUUGUGUGCACAGUUGUUGCUUACACAUUGUUGAUCCUCACGGCAACCUCUGCAAAAGACAGGCACCCUCUCACUUAUGUCGUUGUUAUUGUUGGGUGGAUGUUUUGUGUGAUUAUGCUGGUUCUUCUUCUAGGUCGCCACUUUUGUUUGGAAUAUGUGUCGGGACCUAGCGAGAUCAAAAUUCGACGUGCAAGGAAGGAGGCAGAGGACGAGGUAAAGAAAAUACAAGAAGAAGAACGGGUAAAGAAAAUACAAGAACAACGGGGAACGGAACUUCUUGUGCAGCCAGUAAUAUUUACAGGUAUCGAUGUUGCUUCCCGGCCGAGCUAGAUGGCUGUUUUGGAGUGGCUGGAGGUCUGUUAUAUGUAGUACUUUAUGGUGCUGGAGCAGCUGCUUUGUAUGCUUAUGACAAGGUCUCUUAAGCUUUGUUCUGGGUAGUUUUGAUUCCUCCGUUUGGAUUGUCUCUGUUUUUUUGUGGGGUUCGUUUGAUAGGUCUUGGCAUAUAUACCUCUAGUUUUGGGAGUGUUUUUGUAAUUUUCAGUUUUAAUGUGCUCCUUCUAUGGUUCAAUCACUUUGACAUGUUAAUUCGAAUGUGUUAAGUGUUAC